AUGAGUAAAGUUUUCAACAAUAUAACUGCCCAGGAAGAUGAAGAAGAGUCAGAAGAGGAAGAAGAAGAUGAGGAGUCAACGAUUCAAGACAUUGAAGAUCACAAUCAGCUGAUGCUUACUGAGGAGGAAGAUUCGAGUGAGGCUCUUGAAUCCAGUGCUUUGGACGAGGAAGAAGAAAUCGAAGAAUCGGUUGAGAUUUCGCAGAGCACAGAAGUACUUUCAGAGAGUCAGACAGAAGAAGAAAGUACAGAAAUCACAGAGGAAGAGAGCGAGGAAGAAGAGUCGGAAGAAGAAGAAGAGGAGAGAGAGGAAGAAGGAACUACAGUAGAAACAGUAGGGAAUAAUAUGACCACGACGGCAGAUUUAACAGAAGAUGAUAUCCUUUCGAUCACAGAAGAAGAUUCAGACAUAUCAGCGACUACGAAGUCCAAAUCAUCUAAAAAAUCCAGGAAGUCCCUCAAACUCAUCGAGAGAAUAUCCAGUAGCAUGUCCUUGUCCUCAAUUUCCUCCGCCGGAAUGAGCAAAUCUUCCUCACAAAAAUCAUUGAAGUCAAAAUUGAAACAAAAAGUAUCCGAUUCCUGCCAAAUCGAGCCAACAAAUCCCUCUUUAAAAAGUGAGCAUGUUCAUCUUCAGCGAGAAACACUAUUUGGACUGCCCAGAGAUCACACUGGAGAUGCGCUUAUUGAUGCAGCUACUCAAGGAGCACAGACAACAACAAAAGUGUCCAACCGAAUUCAACAGCUUCUUCAAACACUCUCCAAGCCAAGAAAAAAGCCUCUUACUGAAUUCUACACUGGUAGCGCAAACGCAACAGCACUUACCGGUGUUCCUCGCGCGACAGGUCAAGUUGGCCACAUUCUUGUCGGAAAGCAUCUUCCUCAGCCUGAUGACGAUUUUCUUGAGCUAUUUCUACAGCAUGUUUACGAGAGACCAAAAGAGCCAGCUUUUACUUCUUGGAAUAGCAAAGGAAAACUCAAAACUUGGACCUGGUCGAAGCUCCAUGCGAAAGCACUUUCAGCAGCUCACGAGCUCACUGCACGAGUAGAACUCGAAGCAGGGGAUACAGUAGCGUUGAUGAUCCCAAAUGCAUCUCCGUUUUUCUUCUUGGCAUCAUUCAUGGGAUGUUUACUCGCCGAAAUCACCCCAAUCUCGAUUGAAAUGCCCAUUACGAAUUCAAAAGAAGGAAUGACUGCGCGUUUCGGCCAUCUUCUCCGUUCGGCGAAUAUCACCGUCGUCAUAACUACCCCAUUUUACGCCAAGGCGUUAAGAAAACGCGAUAAUAUUUUGACAAAUUGGCCUCAUGUCGAAUUUGAAAGCUUGCAUCUGAAAAAUGCGCCCGCGAAAUUUGAGUUUACUCCGAUCGAUCAAAGAACUCAAUCGUCUCGUUUUAUGGAGUACAAUGUUCAAGGUGGGCAGAUUCAUGCGAUUGUUCGCCCUUCAAAAAUGAUUGUUCAUACUGCCAAGCGGAUACAAGAUCGGCUUGGACUUGAUUCCUUCGAUGUUGUCAGCUGCUUGAGCGAUUUCAAGCGACAAUCCGGACUCAUGUUCGCUGUGCUGACACCAGUGGUAGUGGGAUGUCACUGUCUGAUUUUCCCGUUUACAGUUUGCAAACAGAAGCCUGAGCUUUGGAUUGAAACUAUUGGCGCAAUCUCCGCGACAGUCAUUAUUGGAAGCUCCAAAGAAUUCGGAUGGGGCUCUAUGGCCAGAUUGAAGGAUAAAUACGCUACAAAGAAGUCGCCUCUUCCAGAUCUAAGCAGUGUCAAAUCAACAAUCGUCACUGAUGGUGCUACACCACUCGCUAUUACCUAUGCCGUUCGAGUUGUAUCGGAGAUGAGCUCGAUUGACCUGUCCCUGUCAUCCAUGAAGCCACUUGUUUGGUCCGAUCUUGUUGGUGUCGUAUGUCUACGAGACAGGGCAGAUGAUCUUGCUUCUGUCGCGCUGAAUCGAGAGUUCUUGACUUUUGGCGUUGUUCGCGAAUCAAAAGGCGAUGGAGAUCCAAUUCAUGCUUACUACAACGGUUCCAUCGUUCCCGGACUGAGAAUGGCUGUUGUUCCUGCCACAAACCAUCCUUAUGACAUGGUCCAAAACGGCGACUCAAACAAAACCGAGACAUUCAAGCCAGUUCGAAUGGACGAGCUUGGCGAAAUCAUCAUCAGCGGCUUCGGCCUUGAUCAUCAAACUCUACACAAUUUGAAUAUCGUCGGCGAUCGAAUUUUCAAAUGCAGACUCGAUGUUUCCGGAAAUAAAAACUACACAAAAGAAGAAAAAACUGAAACUUGGUCGCGCUAUUGGGUGAGAACUGGCAUUCUCGGGGCGAUGGUCAGAUCUGAGGAUAUUUGCACCCUUGGUAGGAUCAAAGAUCGACUCGAGAUUAGUGGAAGAUUUCAUAACUCGCUUGAUAUGAGCGUCUCGAUUCUCCAAGCAGCGCCGUUUCCUCAUGAAAGUCGAGUGAUAGUUUUCGAUAUUCCGGUAAUGAGUCGAAGACGAAUUGCAGUUGUGGCUGAGCAGCCACCAGAUGUCUGUGACGAUGUCGUCUACGGUUGGAUGAACGAUGUCAUGUCUGCAAUCAACUCAAAGCAUCAUGAAUCUGUCUUUACCAUCUGCACCAUUCCUGCGGGCGUAAUUCCUCGAAAACCAGCCGGCGGUGUUGAUAUCUUCGAAGUAAGACGGCGACUCUUAACCGGAAAUCUACAUCCACUUCAUAUUCUCUGCUGCCCUCACGCUGCUAUUCAUAAUCUUCCUCGAGCAAGAGAGAAGAUUCUUGGAAUGGGGCCGAAUUCGAUUAUGCAAGGCUUUGUUGUAGCAGGAUCGCAGCCAGCAGAAAUCACUACUGAUCCGAUUCCCGAGGAAAUUUUCAUGUUCGAGAAGCCUAUUCAUCAGCUUCUUUUGGAAAUCGCCGAGUUACCAUCAGUAAAAGAAAACGUUAUUAUGCUCAACAAUCCUCAAGACGUUGGAGGACAACCAUCUCGACUGACAUUUGCUCAACUUUCUCUCGAAGCGAGAAAAUUCGCUGGGAGACUUUUGGCUGCUGGAAUCAAGGCAGAAGAUCGAGUGAUAGUUUGUCUCAAGUCUACGAUGUUUCCCAUUGGCAUGUAUGCUUGCUUGCUUGUUGGCUGCGUUCCGAUUCCGAUAAGGCCGCCUUCUGAAAAUUCAAUUUCUACUGUAGCCCUUGUUUGCAGAGAAUCAAAAGCGAAAAUUGCCAUCACCUCUACUUCUAUGGUGCGUUUUCUAAGGAAGUCACUCCAUAUUCAAGUUUUUCCAAUCGACGAUGUCGACGAAAGCACCGAAAGCAUCGCUCCCAUCGAAACUUUCGCUCAAUUUUUCAAGGGCCCUGAAAAUCUGUGCUAUGCAGAUUAUACUGUUUCCGCUUCUGGAUACUUGUAUGGAAGGCCAGUGACUUUUAAAGAAAUUGCAUUUCAAUGCGCUCAAUUGAAAGCGCAGCUGGAUCUUCAGUCUUUAGCUACGGUUCUGUGUGUUUUAGAACCUUACAAUGGAUUGGGGCUAAUUUUAUCCGUGUUUCUGCCUGUUUAUUGUGGAGUAGAGGUUUUUCAUAUUCUACCAUCUUGGUCAGAAUGGCGAGUUGAUGCUCUCAUGGCACUGAUGACAAAGCAUGAAUACAUAUUUCUACAAUCUACUGUCGCAGAAAGUAUCAUCGAGAGCAAUAGUUGCCAGGAUGCAAGAAAAGCAUUCGACAUGCGUGCUGUGCAGCAGCUAUCGAUUGUCCACCAGUCGAAGGCAGAUUUUGGGCUGAUAGAUGGAAAACCACAAUUGACUAUUCGCUAUUUGGAUAAGAAAGAACUCCGCAAUGAUAGAAUUCAAUUUACCGCAAAGGGUGCUCCAUUUUCGACGGCGAUUUUAUGUGCUGGUCCUGUUGCUCCUGAAAGUAAAGCUAUCAUUGUGAAUAUAUCAACUGGUGGCCAAGCAGGAAUGAAUCAAAUCGGCGAGCUUUGGGUCAGUAAACGAUCUAUUCUCAUUUUUUAA